UUGUAUUAGUUCAAUUGAAGGUGCACAUCAGUGUACAGUUUGUUCACCGCCAACUGCAGCAACCCAAAUCCGCCACUGUCGAGAAGAAGAAGAAAAAAGAGACUCUACACUUUGUAACAACAACAAUGGCAACAACCUAUCACCAACCAGCUUCAAUAGAAGAAGUCCGAACCCUAUGGAUUGGCGAUUUACAAUACUGGGUAGACGAAAACUACCUCACACACUGUUUCUCCCACACAGGCGAAGUUAUCUCAAUCAAAAUCAUCCGUAACAAAAUCACCGGUCAACCAGAAGGUUACGGUUUCGUCGAAUUCGUAUCACACGCCGCCGCAGAAAGAGUUCUUCAAAGUUACAACGGAACUCAAAUGCCAGGUACCGAACAAACUUUCCGAUUAAAUUGGGCUUCAUUCGGUAUCGGUGAACGCCGUCCCGAUGCCGGUCCCGAUCAUUCGAUUUUUGUCGGGGAUCUUGCUCCUGAUGUAACGGAUUAUUUACUGCAAGAGACAUUUAGGACUCAUUAUAGUUCUGUUCGUGGCGCGAAAGUUGUUACGGAUCCUAAUACUGGUAGGAGUAAGGGUUAUGGUUUUGUGAAAUUUGCUGAUGAGAGUGAACGGAAUCGAGCUAUGUCGGAGAUGAAUGGUGUUUAUUGUUCUACUAGACCGAUGAGGAUUAGUGCUGCUACGCCUAAGAAGACUACUGCUUAUCAGCAGAAUCCUUAUGCUGCUGUUGCUGCUGCUGUUGUUGCUCCUGCACCUGCUCCUAAAGCGAUAUACCCAGUGCCAGCGUACACCGCCCCAGUGAAUACAGUUCCACCAGAAUAUGACGUAAACAAUACUACCAUUUUUGUCGGUAAUUUGGAUGUUAAUGUCUCAGAGGAGGAGCUGAAGCAAAACUUUCUGCAAUUUGGAGAGAUUGUUUCUGUCAAAGUACAUGCCGGCAAAGCAUGUGGUUUUGUUCAAUUUGGGGCUAGAGCAUCUGCUGAAGAAGCCAUUCAGAAGAUGCAGGGAAAGAUAAUAGGUCAACAAGUGAUUCGAGUUUCUUGGGGUAGGCCUCUAACAGCUAGACAGGACGUACCUGGUGCAUGGGGACAACAGGUGGAUCAAAGUCAAUGGAGUGCAUACUAUGGGUAUGGACAGCCGGGUUAUGAAGCUUAUGCAUAUGGGGCUGCUCAGGAUCCUUCGAUGUAUGCUUAUGCUGGAUACACUGGCUAUGCACAAUAUCCCCAGCAGGUUGAAGGUGCGCAAGACGCAUCAGCCAUGUCUGUGCCUACCAUGGAACAAAGGGAGGAGCUGUAUGAUCCUCUGGCAAUGCCUGAUGUUGAUAAGUUAAAUGCUGCAUAUCUCUCAGUACAUGGAAAUGCCAUUUUAGGGCGGUCCCUCUGGCACAAAAGUCAUUCCUCAUCCUUACAACAACAAGCUUAGGAUCUCUAUUUGUAUUUGUACUGCUUGGUUUUUUGUUUCAAUAUAUUCUGCAAAUACAACAAUAUAUUAAGUCGGCGUAGGUUUAAAUUCCUGUUAUUUGAGCCAUUCCCAAUGCUUUUCUCACGUGGCGGUUGGCUGGUGUAAAGAUAUGAAUGACAAACUAGCAUAUCAGUAGACAGUAGUCUUUAAUCAGAUUGAUCCAUUGAUUGUUUUUGUGAUUUCGACCGUUAGAUAAAGGAAUCUCAUACUAAGGGAUGAAGAUUAUCGUUUGAUAGAGAAAUUUCAACCUCCAUUAUGAAUUGAUAUUAGUGUUUUAUAGUAUUGGUUGUGGUGUGUUUUCAUGUGGUGUA